GUAAAACAUGCCUAAAAACAAAUAACUAGCAUAGCAAUAGCAUUCAGUUGUCGUUUUAAUCGCUUGUAUGGCUUUUUAGACAUUUCCAACAAUCAUUGGAGGUGUUAUCGUAAUUUUGGAUACAAAAUGAAAAUGGCAUUUUAGAUAUUAAAAUGAAAAACAUGACCAUUAUGUAAGUUGGUCAGAUUCUGAAUGGUAGUAAUACCGUUUGAAACAAUUCCAACACCUUCCAUUCAGCUGUCUUGUCUUAUUUUCCCUUUUCCUCUUCAAUUUUUCUCAAUGGAUGAUCUUCCCCCAUCUCUUGUCGUUGAUAUCCUCAGUCGACUCACUGAUUCUGCCGACGUUGCUCGGUGCCGAGUCGCCUCCAAAACACUGAACUCUCUCACUCGCGAGGUCCGUUCCCUUAACCUCCUCUGCACCUUGUCUCGCUACCUCAAAUCCCGCUCGCCGGAGACCAAGGACCACGUCACUCCUUUCAAGGCAAUCUUUAAUAACCUUGUCGGCCAGGCUCCCUGUCUAAACUCAAUCUCAAUUGGAGUCGAUAAAUCGCUCAGGAAUAUCUCGUAUGACGACGUGGAUGACGAGUCGGAUGAUUUGUAUUUGACUGAUGUGGGGUUCGUCAAGGAGUGGUUGCCCAAGGUUUGCGGCGACCUAGGGAAGCUGUCGAUUUCGGAUUUUUGGAUACAAUCUUGCUGGAGGAAAUCUCAGAUUUUGAGCUUGAUUUCUUCUUGUUGCAAUGGUCUUAUGGAGCUAGAGGUGAAGAAUGCUUGGCUCUCGGUUGAUGGAUUAAAUCCAAUGACAAGGCUAACAAGUUUGACACUUGAAUUUAUUAGACUUGAAGAUGAGGACCUAAACAAAGUUAAUGAAUGUUUUCCUUCUCUUCAAGUUCUAAAUUUGGUUGGCGUUGGAGGACUUAAAGAUCCCAAGAUUCAUCUCUUGCAUCUUAAAUCAUGCUUGUGGACGGUGUCAAAUGCUCCUCUGUCUCUGACUAUCUUUGCUCCCAACCUCGUGAAGCUCAGGCUAAAAUGUAUCAAGCCGAAAUCUCUUGUUCUCGACACCCCAUUGUUGUCAGAUUUCCAUCUUUCGGUCGAGGAAGCAUCUGAUUUUAGAGUGAAAGAGUUCCAUAAUUUGGGAAACCUUCACCUUGAAUCUUCGAGUCUUUGCUGCCUCCUUGGCAUGUUUCCAUCUGGUAAAUCAGUUAGGAAGCUGACAGUGAAUUCUCUCAAAUGGACUGCAACAAUUAAAUUUCGCUUGGAAGCAGUGUUUGAUGUGUUUCCGAAUGCAACAUAUCUUAAUAUAGGCCCUGGGGCUUGGUGUGAAGCUGAGAAUUGCUUUCGGAAAGGAGGUUUGGAAGAUAGGAAUGCAUUGAAGGAGUUGAGAGAGAUAGUGGCAAAUUUAGUUGUGUAUGAUAUUGAAGUUACCCUUUCGUUUAUAUUCUCUAUCUUGGAUAAAUGCACCAAGUUAUCAGACAUGGCAUUACUCUUCCACCCUAAAGGAGAUUAUAAACUUGCUAGAAGUCUCAUCCCUAGGUGUACAGCUUAUUGUCCAAGAGUAAAAUGGAGAUGGGGAAUGCGGGAAGGGCCAAAAGACACCUGGGUCUCUGUUGGAAUGUAAUUUGGUUCUCUUUCCUCAAAAUGAAAUAGGAAUGCUUAAUCUUUUAUGUUCUGUGUGUUGUUUCUCUGGUUUAAAUUAACCUUCCUGCGUGAAGAUGGUGAAGGUUUUUUAGUAAAUCUCAAAAGCUUAGAAUAAAGAUUUUUCUUCUUUUUCUUGUAAAUACAUAUAGGAUUAUAGGUGACUGGUAUGGUAUAAAGGCAUCAGUAACUACAUGACCUGUACAAAUGAAUAUUGUUGCUUGGAAGGUGAAAGCAUAACAAAUUAUAGAUGAAGAACAAGGGAGUUCACCCACCAAGCACCACAACAUCCCGCCUUCCAGUAGAAGGAAAGGAGAAGAGAAUACAAAGCAUUAGCAAGAAGUUGAUGUCUGGUUGUUUAUGGUGUAUUUUUAUGUUUUCUUUCAGGAGUAUUUCUUAGGUGUAUUUUUUUUCCUGAUAAGCACAAAAAAGUACAGAAUAUAGUGCUCAUGUUAACAUUGGCAAAGCUUGUGUUUUAGUUGUUCCAAUGAGGUUAAUUCC